AUGACAGACAACAGUGACAGCCAAAACAGGUCUGAGCAACAGGUUAACUUGAGUGAGGGCACUAGUCCCUUUGACAGCUAUGAUGAUGGGAGCAGAAGUACUCCUAGCAACCUGCCUAAGGCUGCUACUAGGCAGAGAGUUAAGAGAAACUCAGAUUCUGAGGAUGAAGAUUAUGUUGCUAAUGAGGAAGUCACUUCAAGGAAAAAGGUUGUCAAGAAAGAGUUUGGCACAGCAGCUUCAACCAAGCCAGGUAUGAAGAAGGCACCAGCCAAAAGGAUCCCAAUGUCCAAAGCCAGAGCCUCAACACAGGAAACCAUUGAGUUCACUCUUCAACCAAAGGAGGCUGGUGAAUGCAAGAAGAGGAAGGAAACGGUCAGAAAGACCAUUGCCAGGGUCAUUGGCAGAUCCUCAAUGAUGAGAGACCCAGCUGAGGAUGAGGAAGAGGAUGAAGGGGAUGCUGCACCAGCCCCCAAAACUCAGAAGUUGAUGGGGGAUGCCAUCAAGAACAUACCAGCUGCUGAGAAGAAUAAGGCCCGAGUGCCUGAAGUUGAAGAAGAAGAAGCCCAAGUGCUUAGAAAGCUCAAGCCCAAAAUUCCAGAUCAUGAUGAUACACAUCCAGUUGUUGAGAACAUGAAGAUAAGAAAGGAUGCAGAUCUCAGGCUAUGGAGGCAGACAGACCCAUAUGCCACCAGAAGAAGGAUUGUUGUAGACUAG